CUCAAGGAGUCAACGUGCUUUUCCUCCACCCAUCUUGAUAUCCUUGCCUUAUAUAUAUACACAAGAUACACAAUAAAUUAAACACAGUAUAAGCUAAGCAUCAUGGACUACCUUUCACUUCUUCUACUAAUCACAUUAGCAUGGGUAAGCAUUCAUGUCCUAAUCUCCAUCUUCAAAACAAUCAAAUCCACCAAAUACCCUCCAGGGCCUUUCCCUUUUCCAAUCAUAGGAAACAUCUUGGAGCUUGGAAAUCAACCUCACCAAGCACUUGCCAAGCUUUCUCAAAUUUAUGGUCCUAUUAUGACUCUUAAGCUUGGUCACACUACCACCAUAGUUAUUUCCUCUCCACAAGUUACAAAAGAGGUACUACAAAAACAUGAUCAAACCUUUGCUAACAGGUCAAUCGCAGAUACUAUUCGAGCACUUGACCAUCACGUGCUUUCGGUUGCAUGGAUGCCACCUUCAACACAAUGGAGGAGCCUUAGGAGAGUUUGUGCCACCGAAGUCUUCUCUUCUUACCAUCUUGAUAACACAAAAGUUCUUCGCCAAAGGAAGGUGCAAGAUUUGAUGGAUUAUGUCAAGGAAAAAUGCAACAAAGGUGAAGCUUUGGAUAUUGGUGAGGCAUCCUUUACAACUGUGCUUAAUUCCAUAUCAAACACUUUGUUCUCAAUGGAUUUGGCUCACUACUCUUCUUAUAAGUCUCAUGAGUUCAAGGACAUCAUUUGGGGUAUCAUGGAAGAAGCUGGAAGGCCUAAUGUUGUGGACUAUUUCCCAAUCUUUGGCGCCCUUGAUCCACAAGGUGCGCGGAGAAGAAUGGAUGGUUAUUUUGGAAAGUUAAUUGCGUUUUUUGAUGAACUCUUAGAAGAAAGAUUGCGUUUAAGGGCAUCAAAAAAUGAAUCCAAGGUAUGCAAUGAUGUGCUAGAUUCUGUGCUGGAACUUUUGCUUGAAGACAAUUCGCAAAUCACCCGCCCUCAUGUUUUGCACUUGUUUCUGGAUUUAUUUGUGGCUGGAAUAGACACAACAUCUUCCGCAAUAGAAUGGGCAAUGGCUGAAUUGCUUCGUAACCCAGAAAAACUAGAAAAAGUUAGGAAAGAGCUUAAAGGGGUCCUUGCCAAAGGUGAGGAGCUAGAAGAAUCACAUAUCUCAAAGCUUCCUUACCUACAAGCAGUUGUGAAGGAAAGUUUUCGAUUACAUCCACCUAUCCCAAUGCUAUUGCCACGCAAGUUACAAGUUGAUGUUGAACUAUGUGGCUUCAUGCUGCCUAAAAGUGCACAAAUUUUAAUUAAUGUAUGGGCCAUGGGAAGGGAUUCAAGUAUUUGGACAAACCCAAAUCAAUUUACACCUGAAAGAUUCAUGGAAAGUGACAUUAAUUUUAAAGGUCAAGAUUUUGAGCUAAUACCCUUUGGAGCUGGAAGAAGGAUCUGUCCUGGGUUGCCAUUGGCUUCUAGAACUAUUCAUGUUGUGUUGGCCUCUCUUCUUUACAACUAUGAUUGGAAGCUCAAGGAUAAACAAAAGCCAGAAGACAUGGAUAUAUCUGAGAGUAUUGGGUUAACCUUGCAUAAGGCUCAACCUCUCCUAGUCAUUCCCAUCGAAGCAUAGUACCUAGAAAGAUUAUAUAUGCGUGAUCAAAUUCAUCAUAAGAGAUGAGAUUCGAAUAAUAUAUAUAACAUCCUAGAUAUUCAAAUCAUAUUAUUAUUGGUGUAAUUCUUGUUUAAGCAAGGUCAGGGGUUCGAAGCUUGCAUUAUGUAUACAGCCGCGUUAAAUCUUGGAGCCAAUUAUUUCACCUUUGAGGUGCUUCCAACGUAGCGGGCGUCGCUGCUAUCGGUAGUGAAUACUCCAGGAACGAAAAUAAAAAUAAAAAUUAUUCAUAAAACUUUCAAUAAUUUAUAUGCACAUAUAAUUGAAUCAUGAGUGAGAAUCUUAAUAAUACACUUAUUUUUAAGAA